GUUCUCUCUAAAACCCCAUCUGUUUCCUCCACUCUCCUCCGUCAUUUCCCCUCCUCCUCCUUCUUCUCCUUCUCCACACAUCUGAACAGAAUCGUAACACCCAUAUCCCGAAGAUGAUGAAAGAUGCGUGGAAUGCUCCUCCCGGAUUCAGGCCAACGAAAUCCGCCCCGAGUUCUCCGGCGAAGCCACUUGGUGUAUCCAGGACUCGGUCUGAAUCCUUCGGUGCUCUCCAUAAAGUCCCUGUUGGCGAUACUCCUUAUGUCAGAGCCAAGAAUGUUCAGUUGGUGGAGAAGGAUCCGGAAAGGGCAAUUCCGCUGUUCUGGGCAGCCAUUAACGCCGGAGACAGAGUGGACAGUGCUCUGAAAGACAUGGCUAUUGUGAUGAAGCAACAAAAUCGGGCUGAAGAAGCCAUUGAAGCCAUCAAAUCCCUGAGAAGCCGUUGUUCGGAUCAAGCCCAGGAAUCCCUUGAUAACAUCCUCCUAGAUCUCUACAAGAGAUGUGGCAGAUUAGAUGAUCAGAUUGCACUUCUGAAACACAAAUUGUUCUUAAUCCAACAAGGUUUGGCAUUUAAUGGUAAACGCACCAAAACCGCCAGAUCUCAAGGCAAAAAAUUUCAGGUGUCAGUAGAACAAGAGGCGACCCGGCUACUGGGGAACUUGGGGUGGGCGCUGAUGCAGAAGGAUAACUACGUAGAAGCGGAAGAUGCAUACAGAAGGGCACUGUCGAUUACACCAGACAACAACAAGAUGUGCAACCUGGGGAUCUGCCUUAUGAAACAAGGCAGAAUCGGUGAGGCCAAAGAGACUCUGCGGCGGGUGAAGCCAGCAGUUGCGGACGGUCCUCGAGGUGUGGAUUCACACCUCAAGGCUUAUGAAAGAGCUCAACAAAUGCUCAAGGACCUCGAAUCCGAGAUGAUGAACAGAGGUGGCGAUGAUAAGGUCGAGCAGAGCAAGCUUUUCAAUGCCUUUUUUGGGUCUUCCUCUAUUUGGCAGCCUCAGCCCUGCAGAGAUCAUGGCGCAGCACCAGCAACUGCCAAUGGAGUUGAAGAAAAUGCAAACCCUAAUGUUGUGGCUGGAGGAAACUCCUCCGGUUCAUGUAUGCAUCCUCCUCCUUUGCACAGAACUGUGAAGCAAGCAGCGGUUUUCAAGGCGUCUUCUUCCUCCCUUUGUCAGCCUCAACCGAAAAGAAGCGAUGAUGAUGAUGAGAACGUGAUGGGGAAGUUGGCUUUGGGAAAGCCUCCUCCUUUACAUAGAACUGCGAAGCAAUUCGACACCUUUUUCGGUUCUUCUUCCGUUUGGCAGUCUCAUCCUUUGGCGGCCACCAUCAACGAUGGCUACCCAGACGAGAACGUGGACGCCAAUAUGAUGGGAUUCCCUCCCCUGCACAGAAAUAUGAACCUGAACGUGGACGCGCAGCCGUUUUUCUCUUCAAAGUUCAUGAGAGAUCAUCAACCCGGGAAGGAUCCAAUCCAUGAAACUCUGAAAAGAACGAGAUCAGGAAACGCAGCGAGCGACCCUAUGAGAACGGCGGCGGCGGUAAAACAUGAGACCAAUACAAGGAGGAGGCUGUCACUGGAGAGGACAGCGGGCGGAGAUUCGCUUCUGCCGGAUAACAAAGACUUCGAAGAGGCAAUUUUGGCGGCGGUCUUGGGGACAGAGACGAAGAACAGCGAGGCAUUGUUGGCGCAGAGGAAAGUGGAGAAGAGGCUCAAGGUUUUCCAGGACAUUACCUUGUCUCUCAGCCCAAGAGCCUAAUCACUUAUUCUAAUUUAACCCAAGCUCUUACUAAUCAUUAUUAUUUUUUUAAGCUGAAUUUGAUAAAGGGGAUGAACUUGUUCUCCUUCAACUGCACUUCUUGUUAUAAAAUUAAUAAAAAAAAAAAGUCUUUUAUCUUU